AUGGCAGCAGCAAGAAUGCGAAGAUGGGCUUUUAUUAUGACUGGUUUUAACUAUAAAAUAGAGUAUGUUAAAGGACAUUUAAAUCAUGCUGAUAAUCUUUCACGUAUUCCGCAGACGCAUUAUGAUGAAACUAUGAAUGACAACCAUGACGACGAUGAAAGCUAUAUAUAUAGUAUUCAAGAGCAAUCUCAUUUAAAUCUAAAUUUUAAAAAUAUAGCACAACAAACUAGACGUGAUCCAAUUCUUUCAAAAGUAUCUGAUGCUGUUUUAAAUGGAACAAUUAACAAUUUAAAAGGAAAUCAGUUUACGUCAUUUACUACCAAGAGUAUAGAAUUAACAGUUGAUCGUGGAUGUCUACUUUGGGGGUAUAGAAUUGUUAUUCCUCAAAAACUUAGACAGAGUGUUUUACACAAAUUACAUGAAUCUCAUUUAGGAGUUGUCAAAACCAAAUCUAUAGCUAGAUCUUAUGUCUGGUGGCCAAAUAUAGAUGUUGAUGUAGAAAAUUUGAUCAAAACUUGCAUUCCAUGUCAAGAACUUUUAGCAAGCCCAGAAAAGAGCACUUUAAUACCGUGGACUCCAACUGAUACUGUAUGGAGCAGAGUUCACAUAGACUUUGCAGGGGUUUUUAUUUAUUUGUAA